UAGGAAUGGAGUUAGCAAUAGAUAAAUUUUUGGCUCUUGCCUCAUAGAAGGUUGUCGUGCUGGUUGAUGAUGGAAAUUUCUUGACUUGGAAACAGCAUUUGCUGUUGAUUGUGAAGACUCAUCGGUUGCAAAUGUUUCUUAAGAGGACAGUUUCUAUUCCUCCAAGAAUGAUUGUAAACGAAUAGGGGGUUUCUGAUGAGAAUCCUUUGUACGUACGCUAUGAACAACAAGAUUCAACACUUGCGACGUGGCUUCUGUCGACUAUUAGUCUGUCAUUGCAUAAUCAGCUAGUCAGGAGUUCUACUUCAUCGUGUGAGUUGUGGUGCAGGCCCUUAUGCUUAUAUUUAGGUCUCAUUCGACUACUAAGGCUAUGCCUAUCGGUCGUUGCUGCAUAAUAUUCAGAAAAAUAAGUUGUCCAUGUCUACGUAUUUAGCGAAAAUCAAGCAUCUUUAUGAUUUUUUGGCAAGAUGUGGUCAGCGUGUGACAAUAAAAGAACAACAAUCUGCUAUUUUGAAUGGCUUACUGCCAAAGUUUGAUCAUGUGGUGUCGAUUAUCACCAUGAGCAAAGUGCCAUUUGAUCUUUAAGGUGUUACAACUACACUUCUGGAUGCUGAAGCUCGACAACAAGGACAUUUUUCACAUGUGGUGUUUUUAGCAAAUGUUGUAGCGGGGAACAAGGAUGUUUCGGCUCAAAAAUGUUCCAUCAUAUGCCAGACAACCACCACCAGAUAUGUUUCGUUCGUCACGAGGAUCAUAGGGUUCUCGCCGUUGUAAAGAUCGUGGACGACGUGGUGGUGGUGCAAGACCGUAGUGUUAGAUUUGUGGGAAGUUUGGGUAUCUUGCUCGGUGUUGCUUUUACAAAUAUGAUUCGACGUCUGAUGGGUUGUAUGCAUCGUCGAUCGGGGCUCAUAUCUCAGUCGACUGUUUCAAUGGGUGGCCAUGCAAUAAAAUCGACUAGAUCUUCUGGGCUUGCUAUUCCAUCUACAGUUGUCGAUCUGGCGUGGUAUCCAGACAGUGGCGCCACUGCUCAUAUGACGAAUGACUCAGUUAACUUUUUUAUGCUCGCUUGUACAAUGGAGAAGGUAAGGUUGUUAUCAAUAAUGGAGUUUCUCUACCUAUUACAUAUGUUGGUGGUUCAUCUAUUUUGGCUGAUGAUUCUAGUCCGUUGUUGCUUAAGGAUUUGUUGUAUGUUCCUGAUAUUAGGAAAAAUUUAUUGUCUGUUUCUAAGUUUGCUAAGGACAAUGGUGUAUUCUUUGAAUUUUAUCCCAACUGCAGCUAUGUUAAGGAUUUGAAGACUCAUCAGACGUUGCUUUGCUAAAGUGAGUUGAAUGGCCUAUAUUGCUUUGAUACUAUUAAGCCAUAUUUUGCUUUUAAUACUGUAAGUACACCAUUUCCAGAGUCUCUUCAACAGCAGGGGUCAAAUGUUAAGUUUAACAGGUGGCAUCGGAGAUUAGGUCAUCCAUCAUGUGAUGUUGUUUGUAGCAUUUUGAAUUCUUGUAAUAUUAGAAUUUCGAUACAUAAAAACUACACGUUGUGUAAUACUUGUGAGCUAGGGAAAGGACAUAAAUUGCCUUUUAGUUCUUUUGAUUCUGUGUAUACUGCCCCUUUAAAACUUGUGGUUGCUAAUGUAUGGGGCUAGCUCCUUACUUCUCUUCUGGUUAUCAAUAUUACUUGUCUUUUGUUGAUUCGUUUUCUCGAA